UCCAACCUAGACAAGAUGGCUGACGAUCUGCUUGCUGCCGCCGAUAAGUACGCCCUGGAACGUCUGAAGGUGAUGUGUGAAGAAGCGUUGUGCAGCAAUCUGUCUGUGGAGAACGCCGCUGAGAUCCUCAUUCUGGCUGAUUUACACAGCGCAGACCAACUUAAAACACAAGCCGUGGACUUCAUCAACUACCACGCCUCUGAUGUGAUGGAAACGUCUGGUUGGAAAUCCAUGGUGGUGUCUCAUCCACACCUUGUGGCAGAAGCUUACCGUUCCCUGGCCUCUGCCCAAUGCCCUUUCCUGGGCCCUCCUCGCAAGCGUCUGAAGCAGUCUUAA